AUGGAGCGAGAUCUGUCUCAGUACCAUGCUCCCCUGCCCGAGGUUGCACAUUGUGUAAUUGGUUUGGAGACCUGUGGUGUUCAUGAUAAACACUUCGUCACAGCCUGUUUGCUUAACUCAUUGCUUGGAGGUGGAGGUUCUUUCUCUGUUGGCGGCCCCGGAAAAGGAAUGCACACUCGACUCUACUCAAACGUUCUCAAUGAGUCAGUAAAUACGAUUGAACACAGCUUUAAUUUUAUUUCUAUGCCUUAG